CAUUACCAUAUUUCAACAAUCCCAAUUUCGAUCCUCCACACCCGUACACCUUCCAUUUCCGUUAUAAACACACACACCUUCUCCAGCUUCACGCACACGCACCACUGCAACCACCACCACCACCACCACUGCAAUGGCGUCCCGCGCCGGACUUGGCUACGUCAGUCCACCCAACCCCAACGCAAACAUCUGCAUCCUCAACAAAGCUGACACCGGCUCGCCCGCCAGCCACCGCUACUUUCUUGCACGCCGAACCGUUUGCGAAAUGUUACGAGACAGAGGCUGUGUUAUCGACGAUUCUGAGUUGACUCGCUCUCUUUCUGAGUUUCGCUCGGUGUUUGGUGACCAGCCGGAUCCUGAAACCCUACGUAUCUGUGUUCCUCUGGUUUCGAAGCCGUUUAAAAAGGUUUUGGUGGUUUUCUGUGGUCCCGAGGAGAUAAACAAAGCAAAAGCUAAAUUCAUUUUGCUAAACAUCCCCAACAAGGAGAGCCUGCAUCGGAUCAUCAUCGUUUUGGGGGGCAAGAUGAACCACUUCGCUCGCGCAGAGUUCGAAUUAUGUGAAGUCAAAGUGGAAGUUUUUCCAAUUACUGAACUGAUUGUGAACAUUACUAAACAUGUUACAAUGCCGAAGCAUGAAAUACUGACCACUGAAGAGAAAGAGCAGCUGCUGGUGAAACUCAAACUUGCUGAUAAUAAGAUGCCGUAUAUGAUGGAGACUGAUGCCAUAGCUAGGUACUAUGGAUUGGAGAAGAAGCAGGUGGUCAAGAUCACUUAUAACAGUGAGAUAACCGGCUCGUUUGUCACAUAUCGCUGUGUGAAAUGAAGUACUUAAAAUCAGUUAGUAAUUUAGGUUCGGUUAACCUUUUGAUAGUUGCAUUGAUAUAGUUUUUUGCUUACUUUGGUAUACUAUAUAACCUGAGCGUGCCCCCUUAUUUUUUGCCUUAACCCCGAUUUAUCCUU